UUUUGUUUGUUUUCUUUCGGUGAAGGACCGACUUCAGGCUCGAGACUUUACAAGUUAAGCCUUGGAGGAGACGUGCGUGUGUGCGCGCGCGUCUCCGUCUUCAUCAUCAUCAUCAGCACCAUCAUCAUCAUCAUCAUCAUCAGGUCCGCACCGAGAGGAGACCGAGACACACCGGAGGGACACUAAAGUGAGACACGAGACUGGAGGCGAGACGCAGCGGAGACUAUAGCUAUGGGUCUGUCGAUUUGUGCCAGGAGAUUAGCCUGCGUCCUCUCUCUUCUUGCCUCCUUUCUGUUUCUUCUCUGCUCCGGGGAGAAAACAUGUCCCUACAGCUGCCGCUGUGAGGGUAAAAUUGUCCAUUGUGAUUCAGCGUCUUUCAUCGAUGUCCCGGAAAACAUUUCAGUAACUUGCCAGGGUUUGUCUCUGCGAAACAAUGACUUGCAUACAAUGCUCCCUUACCAGUUUGCCCACCUGAACCAGCUUCUAUGGUUGUACCUGGACCACAAUCAGAUCUCGUUUGUAGACAGCCGUGCUUUCCAGGGCAUACGACGACUUAAAGAGUUGGUCUUGAGCACCAAUAAGAUCUCACAAUUACACAAUGCUACAUUUCACGGUGUGCCAAAUCUCCGCAGCCUGGACCUGUCCUAUAACAAACUCCAGGAAUUACAGCCAGGUCAGUUUCAUGGUCUUCGAAAGCUACAGAAUCUGCAUCUACGCUCCAACGGACUCACAACAAUUCCAGUCCGGGCAUUUAUAGAGUGCAGGAGCUUGGAGUUUCUGGAUCUGGGCUACAAUCGACUUCGCGUUCUCACCCGUACCACAUUCUUGGGUUUAUCUCGGCUGAUGGAACUGCACCUGGAGCACAAUCAGUUCUCUCGGAUCAACUUCUUUCUUUUUCCCCGCCUUGCGAACCUCCGUGGGUUGUACCUCCAGUGGAAUCGUAUCCGAGCGGUUAACCAAGGCCUCCCCUGGAUGUGGUAUACCCUACAGAAGCUGGACCUGUCUGGAAAUGAGAUCCAGAGUCUGGAUCCUGUGGUUUUCCAAUGCCUCCCAAAUCUUCAGGUCCUUAACCUGGAGUCUAACAAGCUUGCUAACGUGUCUCAUGAGACGGUGGCAGCCUGGAUUUCCCUCUCCACAAUCAGCCUCGCUGGGAAUGUCUGGGAUUGCGGGCCGGGUAUUUGUCCUCUUGUUGCCUGGUUAAAGAAUUUUCAUGGGACUAAAGACACAAGUAUUAUUUGCAGCAGCCCUAAACAUCUUCAAGGGGAAAAGGUGAUGGAGGCAACAAAAAAUUAUAUAGACUGUGACGAUUUUGAACUCAUCCCUCAGACACCGUUUCCUCACCAAACCUGGGGGGAGUCAAGUAUGGAAACUACCCCCGAGCCAAUGUUACCUUUAACAACUCCUGACCUACCCCUUCCUCCAGCCACCUCUGAACCACCCACCCCACCAUUGUUGGUUCAACCUCUUCCUUAUCCUAGUGUCCCUGAAACAAACCCCAGAGACACCCCUCCGAAUACGCCACCACCCUCCAACAGCCUACUUGUGACCCAGUCGCCAGAACAAGAGGACUUAUCGCUCCAUAAGAUUGUGGUUGGUGGGGUGGCACUUUUCUUCACGACGUCACUCAUCUUGAUGGUGAUUUAUGUCUCUUGUAGACGGUAUCCAGGAGCCACGAGGCUAUUGCAGCAGCGCUCCAUGGUUGGACGCAAGCGGCGAAAAAAGAGUCCCGAGCCAGAACAGAACCUGAGUUCCCAGCUACAGGAAUAUUACAUGAGCUACAACCCUGCUGCCACGCCAGAAGCCAUGGAUGUACUGGCCAAUGGGACUGGUACUUGCACAUGUACCAUAUCCGGCUCCAGGGAAUGUGAGAAUGAAUACGUGUGUCCCAGACCGCUGCCUCGAGCCUGGAUCGGAGACAUUCCCACAAUCCACUAGCCGGACUUCUAUCUCCAGUUUAUCGAUUUCAACAGGGUUCCUGUAAAGAAUAUCCAUCGCAUCACAUCGCAUCGCACUUUGGCCAUUCCCUUUCGUUCAGAUUGCAGGAUUGUAUCAGAGGAGCGAUCGAGAGAGAGAGAGAGAGAGAGACAGCGAGUUGUCGUUUCCCAGAAUCCCUUGCUGUGAAAGCAUUUUGUAUUAUAAUGCUCGAGACAGAGUUUUUGCAACAAUAACAUGGAAAAAAACAAAACACAUUUCUUUUAAUCGCCUGCUGUUUUUUUUAGGAGCUUCCCCACUACACCUUAGUGCUGAUGGACCUCUGAAGGGCAGCGUGGACAUGGACAGGGACGUGGAAGGCUUCAGCGGUGCCUUUUGUGCAUUUCGUUCUCGUCCCUUUUUAUCCAGCAGGAAUAAACGUUUCGGAAUCAAACGCGAGACUAAUGAGUCAGGAACGAGGAGAUCAACUCCUGGAUUUUCCUCCGUAACCUUCUUCAUUAUCAGUAGAAUUAAAAAAGAAGGGAUUUAAUUCACAUUUUGUUUAGUUUUUUUUCCAGUCAGACUUGUCCCCUGCUAUUUAACAAUCUCGCGUGCGAGCAGGACGUCGGCUUUGCGGCGGAUCUUCGUACGGCAUUUCUCGUUGGUUGAACACGCAGUCCCGUUUGUUUACAACCUCAGCAUGAACACGGAGGGUCUCGAACACUGACUGCAAACCAACAUGUGUUUGUGUGUGUGUGUGUGUGUGUGUGUGUGUGUGUACAUACUUACUUAUGGGACAAAGACGUGUGCAUGACAUCCGGGUGUCAACAUCGUUGAAUGAACUUUAUUGUUGUUGUUUUUUUUUUUGCCUUCUUUACACUGUAAAACGUUUCUCCCUGCGUUUACACGAGCAAGCGACCGAGCGACAUCACGUCCUUUAGGUUUAUUAUAAAAUUCAUUUAAGUCUUUAAUAAAUUAAUGCAGAUUAUAUUUGGCUCUGUAAACACCCCAGGCCUGGUUCAUGUUUAAAGCAAAUUACGGUGAAAAACAAACUUGAAUAUAAUAAUAUGUUUUAAUUAUAUAAAGAAAAUCUAAUUAACUUUUUAUUUAAACACAUAAGUAACAGGGUUAUUAGGCUUCUCAUAAUGCAUUACAAUAUAUUUUUUUUCC